AUAAUGAUUUUAUUUAAUAUUUAUAUUUAUUUAUUUAACUAUAUUUAUUCAAUUUCAAUACUCGCCGUACUGCUAAGAUAAAUAAAAAGAAGAAGAAAAAGAAAGAUAAUUUACGUUUGAAUAGUAGUAAGGCAGCCAACGUUGAAUAUCGUAAUUCUCACAAAUUGCAAUUUGGAUGUGCAAAUUGCCAAUGCAAUAAUUAUAUCCCGGCCGAUUCUAUAAAAUGUCCCACUUCAUCGUCUACUCCAUCCACGUAUAAGCCAAUAUGGCAUUUCCUCCACUUUCCUCCUCCUCCCUCACCAUCUCCUCGCGGCCGAAAUUCUUUGGAGAGCUGCCUCAUUUCUCCACCCGAUCAACUCCGUGCCACCGGUUCACAAUGUCGUGCAGAGCCGAGAAUGGAGGCAAAGUUGACCGAAGAAAUUUGCUACUCGGCAUGGGAGGCCUCUGCGGCGCUACCAAUCUCGUCAAAGCCGAUGCACCACCAGCUCUGGCGGCUCCGAUUUCAGCUCCUGAUCUGGCCAAGUGCUCUCGCGGCACAAAUCUCAACACCAAACAACCACUAGACGUCAACUGCUGCCCUCCCUUCUCGGACAAAAUCAUCGACUACAAGCUGCCUCCCGUCACCAAACUGCGCCUCCGCCCCGCCGCCCAUCUCGUCACCAAGGAAUACAUCGCCAAAUACGAGAAGGCCACCGAGCUCAUGAAGGCUCUCCCCGACGACGACCCGCGCAGUUUCAUGCAACAAGCCAACGUCCACUGCGCCUACUGCAACCUCACUUACGAACAAACCGGCGAUCCAGACGAGAAGCUUCAAGUUCACAAUUCCUGGCUGUUUUACCCUUGGCAUAGGUGGUACCUCUAUUUCUACGAGAGGAUCUUGGGCAAACUGAUUGACGACCCAACCUUCGCCCUGCCCUACUGGAACUGGGACAAUCCCCCCGGCAUGCCCAUGCCGGCCUUGUUCGUCAACGAAAACUCUCCACUCUACAAUCCCAAGCGUAACCAAGCCCAUCUACCGCCUGCGCUCAUGGAUCUCCUCUACUCCUCAAAAUCCAGCACCGAUCCAUCCGUUAUAAUCCCCACAAAUCUCAAUGAAAUGUACGGAGAGAUGGUCCGUAACGCCGUCAAACCCGAGGACUUCUACGGAGCCAAAUAUAUCGUAGGGAGCGACCCGGACCCCGGGGCCGGCACGGUCGAGCGGGGGUCCCACACCUCCGUGCAUAUAUGGGUCGGGGAUCCCCGCUCGCCCGCCGGAGAGGACAUGGGGAACUUCUAUUCCACGGCUCGAGACCCCAUUUUCUUCUGUCACCACGCCAACGUGGACCGCAUGUGGUCCGUGUGGCGCGACCUCAGAGGCCCCAAGCCCAAGGACUUCAACGACCCCGAAUGGCUCGACGCAGACUUCGUAUUCUACGACGAGAAUGCUCAGCUGGUUCGCGUCAAGGUUAAGGAUACUCUCGAGGACGUGAAAAUGGGCUUCGCCUAUCAGAAGGUGGAGCUUCCGUGGCUGAACAAGAGGCCCAAGGCGCGGGUAAGGAAAUCCAAGAUCGCCGCCUCGUCCACGGGCACUACUACUGUAUUCCCGGUGACGCUGGACAAGGUGGUAAGGGUGUUGGUGGAUAGGCCUAAGAGAAAGAGAAGCAGCAAGGACAAGGAGAGAGAAGAGGAGCUGCUGGUGAUCGAAGGGAUCGAGAUCGACACCGCCAAAUACGUGAGGUUUGAGGUGUUUGUGAACGACGAGGAUGACAAGCCGGGCGAGAUCAUCGACAGGGCGGAGUACGCCGGAGCCUACUCCCAGGUGCCGCACAAGAAUUCGACCAAGGUGAAGAGCAAGAUCAGGCUGGGAUUGACGGAGCUGCUUGAAGAUUUGGAUGCGGAAGAUGAUGACAAGAUUCUUGUUUCGUUGGUGCCUAGAGUAGGAGGAGAAGACAUUACCAUUGGUGGUGUCAAGAUUAUUUAUGUUUAACUUCUGUGAAUCAUCGUCUACACACUACCUACUUGUACUGCUUGCUGCAAUAAUAUUAAUUUUCCACGAA